CCUUUACAAAUAACAUUGCAACGAAGUAACUACCUUAUACUAAACAAAACACCAAUCAUCAAAGUCUUUGGUCAGAUGGAACCAGAAACGGUGGUGUUUAAGUGGGAGGGCAAACAAGCCGCUCAAGUCAACGGCGUCACGGCGGAGCAAGCCUGGUUGGUCGUUUCAGAUUUCUGCAAUGUCCACGAGUGGUUCCCAACUGUUGAUACGUGUAGCCGAGUCGAAGGAACCGAUGGUCAGACGGGUCUGGUCCGAUACUGCGCCUCCACCGCAACCAAGGAAGACGAGGAAACUAAAUGGGCUAAGGAGCGUUUGGUCGAGUUUGAUCCAAUCGGACGGUGUUUGAGCUAUGAGGUCCUCGAGAAUAACGUGGGGUUCAGAUCUUACGUGGCGACGGUCAAAGUAAUGCAAGUGGACGGUGCAGAUGAAUCGGACAGUGGAAAAGUCUGUCGAAUCGAGUGGUCGUUUGUGUCCGAUCCUGUUGAUGGUUGGAAGAAGGAAGACCUUGAAUCCUACGUGGGUUUUUGUCUUAAACAUAUGGCUAAUAAAAUGGAAAUGAAUCUGUAAAACCUUUCCUAUGUAAUUUUUCGUGAUAAAAAUAUAUCAAAGCUCAUUGUUUUUUUUUA